GCGACAAUGUACUUCCGCUUUCCCAGCAUGCAGUUUCAGAAACAUGGUGGAAGAAAGCUUUCAUAAUGUUGAUGUCUGAUGUCACAUCUGUUAUCUAACCAAGUUUUUGCACCUGUGAAUUUAUGAAUAAGGGAAUAUUGGUGUUAACGUGGAUUCUGCACAAUGCCGAAAUAUUAUGAGGAUAAAGAGGAAGAUACCCGAGCCUGCGCCGGUGUCAGAGAGGACUUCAAGGCAUGUCUCCUUCAGCACGACUGCGUGGUAAAGGAGGGGAAGAUGCCUAGUGAGUGUUUGAAGGAAGGCCACUGCAAAGCCCUGCAGACAUCCUUCUUUGAGUGCAAGAGGUCAAUGCUGGACACAAGGUCGAGAUUCAGAGGAAGGAAAGGAUAUUGAGGAACCAUCUGAAGAAGUGGUUGAGGGAAUCUUGAAGCAACUGUAAAUACUUGUAACGAUUUAAACUAAAGAGUGCUGCUCAUAGGCCAGAGUAUGUGCAGCCUUACAACCUCAUCUGAAGUAUGUAUCAAGAAUGGACUACCAAAUAUUAAAGAACAAUGCAAACUGAAGGGCAAAAUGUAGUGCUGAAAAACUUUGAGAAAGUUGAGAAACUUGAUGUGAUGAAAUACAAUGUAAAGAAAGAUUCUAUCAACAUUUUAAUGAGGCGCUGUCAUCAGAAACACGUCUGACUGAAAGAUAUGAUUUCAAGUUUAACAUUUAAAAUCAGUUUUUAUGAAUAUGAAUAUACCUCAAAUCAUACAAUUGAGGUAUAUUCAUAUUACAUCAUAAAGAAUUAUUCUUUAUUUCUGGACUUUUCUGCUCUAGGCAAAGUGACAGUUUGCAGUCAGUUACAGUUUUAUAUACAGUUUAUUAC